UAUGUGGGUAUCUGUGCAAUGCGUCCCACGCCGUGUCAAAACUCUUCGAUGUGUAAAGACAAGGAAUGCUGUGUGAGCGACUAUGGUGAAGUUGGGGACAAUAUGAGCUCUGGGAAAUGCCAACCCAUGGGAAUUGCGAAGGAUAAAUGUCUACUGAGCAAUCCAUCCGGCAGACCGGAAGGAAUUGUGCCAUACGCAUGCCCAUGCAAGGAGAACCAUGUUUGUGCCGAGGUAGACGUCAUACCUGCUCGGUUUGGAUCAAUCGGAAAAUGUGUUUCUACAGCAGACAUGUUGACAGUGGACACGCACGAUAUUGAUGAAUCGGACUGAGAUAUCAAUGAAUUGAUGUGUUUCAAUGAAAAUUAAGCCAUA